AGGUGACCACUUCUUCCUCCCUGACUCACCCAGAAAAUCGCAGACAUCCUCACCUGCGACGUCAUACCUUCCUCAGCCCCACUUUGUAUGCGCCUGCCAGUACCCGCAGUACCAGCAGCAUAUAGACGGAUCCUCCACAGACCUUGCGUACCACUGCAGACACCCCAAAGGGCACGACUCACCUCAGCUCUUCCUCACCCCUCCCCUUUCCGCACCAUGUCUUCCUCGGCCACUCCCGCCAAUGUCGCCGUCGAGGUCAACCGCACCGCUCACGCCUUCUCUCGCGCCCAGCUUGAAGGUGUGAUGACCAAGCGGUUCUUCUACAACCAAGCGUUUGAGAUCUAUGGAGGUGUAGCUGGUCUGUACGACUAUGGACCAAUGGGCGCAGCAUUGCAGGCCAAUAUCAUCUCCGCCUGGAGGAACCACUUUAUUCUCGAAGAGGAGAUGCUCGAGCUGGACACCACCAUCAUGACUCCCUAUGACGUUCUUAAGACCUCAGGCCAUGUGGACAAGUUCGCCGAUUGGAUGUGCAAGGACACAAAGACCGGAGAGAUCUUCAGAGCAGACCAUCUGCUAGAGGGUGUGCUCGAGGCUAGGCUCAAGGGCGACGAAGAGGCCAGGGCAGCCGAGGGCGACGCUACUACUCAGAAGCAGGAGGUGCCAGCCGAAAAGGGAGACGACAAGAAGGUCAGGAAGAAGAAGGUCAAGGCACAGGCAGUCAAACUUGACCCCACUGUCAAGGCCGAGUACGAGAACAUUCUGGCCCAGAUCGACAACUACUCCGGCCCCGAGCUCGGAGCCUUCAUGAAGAAGUACGAUGUCCGAGCACCCGAGAGCGGCAACGAAGUCGGCGAGCCGGUUCAGUUCAACCUCAUGUUCGAGACCCAGAUCGGUCCUACUGGAGGCCUCAAGGGCUACCUUCGUCCCGAGACGGCCCAGGGACACUUUGUCAACUUCUCCCGUCUCUUGGAGUUCAACUCUGGCCGCGUUCCCUUUGCCUCGGCUCACAUCGGCAAGUCAUUCCGUAACGAGAUCUCACCUCGAGCUGGUCUGCUGCGCGUGAGAGAGUUCACAAUGGCAGAAAUCGAGCACUUUGUUGACCCUCUCGAGAAGGAGCACACUCGCUUCGACGAGGUAGCCAAUGUGGAGCUGGCUUUCCUGCCAAAGGACGUCCAGCAGGCUGGCCAGACGACAUUGGUGACCAAGACAAUUGGCGAGGCCGUGUCGAGUGGUAUGGUGGACAAUCAGACCCUCGGCUACUUCCUUGCCCGGAUCAACCUCUUCCUCUUGAAGAUCGGCAUUGAGCCCUCGAGGUUGCGCUUCAGGCAACACAUGGCAAACGAGAUGGCCCACUACGCCUCGGACUGCUGGGAUGCCGAAAUCCACACUUCCUACGGCUGGAUCGAGUGUGUCGGCUGUGCAGACCGUUCUGCCUACGAUUUGACCGUCCACGCCAAGAAGACCAAGAAGGACCUAGUGGUGCAGAAGGUUCUCAAGGAGCCAAAGGUCUACGAGAAGUGGGUGGCCAACAUCGACCGUAAGUCGCUAGGCCCCAAGUUCAAGAAGGACGCAAAAGCUGUCGAAGAGGCCAUUACUGCUCUUGAACAAGAACAGCUUGAGAGUCUCUCUUCUGCCCUGAAGAACGGACCCACAAAGGUGCCCGGUACGGAGUACGAGAUCAGCAGUGACCUAGUUACCGUCGAGCUCAAGUCAAUCCGUGAGACCGUGCGCGAGUUCACACCAAACGUUAUCGAGCCCUCCUUUGGUCUCGGCCGUAUCUUCUACGCACUCCUGGAGCAUUCCUUCUGGGCUCGUGAAAAGGAUGCGGGGCAGGGUGUCCUAUCCCUCAACCCGCUCGUGGCACCCAUCAAGGUCCUCGUAGUCCCCAUUUCGGCAAAUGCCUCGCUUGCUCCUUUGGUAAAGGACAUUUCCGCCCGCCUGCGCAAAGAAGGCAUCGCCUCGCGCGUAGACGACUCGUCUGCCACAAUCGGGCGACGGUACGCACGCAACGACGAGUUGGGAACUCCCUUUGCCCUCACGCUGGACUUUGCAAGUCUGCAGAAUGGCACAAUGACGCUUCGUGAGAGGGACACGACGGGUCAGCUCAUUGGAUCGAUUGAGGAUGUGGUCAAGACGAUCAAGGGGCUUUGUGAGGGUAGUAUAAGCUGGCAGGACGCUGAAGGUACGCUGAAGAAGUACAGUGGAGAGCAGGCAUUGUGAGGUCCUUGGAACGGCAGUCGGAAG